AUGGACAUCAACGACCAGCUUCUGCAACAACACUACUUUUCACAACAACAGAACAAUCCAGUCCGUCUUCUAAAUCCUACCUCAUAUCAUGUACAACAAACUUAUGGAAAGUCGGCAGAUCCAAUGAUUGGUCUAGGUGAUGACGAUGAUACUCCUAUAAAGCAGGAAAUGGACUCGAUGCUAGACCCUAUAGACCCGUUCAACACCCUAGUAGACGAAUUCGGAUCCUCCAUAUCCACCCAGGCAUAUGGCGGUCUAGGUCAACAUGGAAAUCUGCUGCAACAUCCUCAACACUUGACUCCUCGACUAGCUGACAGCAUGCUAGCAAACAACCUACUAUCUCCCACAUCGUCGUCUCCUCUAGAUCCUGACGACUUGGAUGGUCUUGUAGACGAUUAUACCCCUCAUAACUCGGGCUCUCUGACAAACUCGCCAUACUCGUCUACUCCUGCCAAUAAUACUAACCAUAAUGAUGUAAAACCUACUCGAAAAGGCAAAUCUACUCGAAGUAGUAUGGCCGCUGCUGCAACAAUGUCUUCUGGCUCUGCUCCCACUGGUCAAGUGGGUCAACAUAUGUACUCGUACUCUCUACCGUCUUCUACCUCGGGCGCUACUCGUCAUCCUCCACCGACGCUACCAGGUGGACAUCCAUCAUCCUUUGGAGCAUUUGGCAGUGGAACUAGACAAUCUGGCGUAUCGGACUUUGCAUCUGUAGCAGGCACUUCAUAUGACUCGGAUACUUCAAAACCGACAGGUGCUGGUGGGCGUGUCGAUGCCAAUGAAAAACGAAGACGUCGACGAGAAUCUCAUAAUGCGGUAGAACGUCGCCGUCGUGAUAAUAUCAAUGAGAAAAUACAAGAGUUGGCUACUCUUCUUCCCGAAUACUCGAGUCUCCAUUCAGAUGGAACAACAAAGCCAAACAAGGGAGUUAUAUUACGUAGGUCUGUAGAAUACAUGCGUCAUAUACAGGGUGUUGCUUAUAGAAUUGCCGAAAGAAACCAAGAGCUGGAAGAAGUCCUCAAACGAAUCUGUACCGAGGCAGGCAUACCAGAAUCCUCACUAGGUCUAUCUAUGCCUCUAGGAACCGAGCUGUUUGAUAUAGGAAUGCCAAACCCAAACCAGCCUAUGAAUAUGGAUGAUUGA